AUGGAUCAAGCACAAGUCGCACAACAACCACCUCCAUCUCAACCCACCAACGAUUUCAAGGGAGAGUUUGUUCAUCCAGUGGUUUCAGCAAAUAAGGGUACUGCCUCUUCUUUGCUUUUGGAGGAGUAUACCAGAACUCAUAUCGCAAAAAAUCCGCUCAAAGGAGGAGGAAGACAUUCCAGACCCGAUGCCAAGUUUCUUCCAAAAUCGAGCGAAUCUCCUUUCGGAUCUUUCCCUAAUGAAUUUAAAGUACGAUCAAUGAAACCACAAACUGAAUCCAGUGAAUCCACAUCAACUAAGGAUAUGGGUUUGGUGGGAUCAAAGAUGUUGUCAUCUCGGACUUCAAUGGAAAAGACAGAACGAGGUACAUUCGCAUGGAAUCCAAAGAAUGUCGGAACAGGAGGUGCUUCUAGCUCUUUGAGGGAAGGAAAGAAACCUACCCCUCCACCAAAACCUGUUGCUGGAGCUAUGGAAAGAAGAUCAAUUCCUGAUACACAAUUUAGAAAAUUUUAUGAAAGAGGAGAUCUUCCAAUUUCUAUUAAACAUGAAGGAACGAACGAAAUUCAUUGGAAGGUCAAAGCAGAGAAGCUUGACUAUCAUCAUUAUCUCCCAAUAUUUUUUGAUGGUCUGCGAGAAAAGGAAGAACCUUAUCGAUUCUUGGCUGUGCAAGGAACCUUUGACUUGUUGAAAUAUGGAAAGGACAAGAUUGUAAAUUGUAUACCACAACUCAUCAUUCCUAUCAAGACUGCACUUAAUACAAGAGACCCAGAAAUUAUUUGUACAGUUCUUAAAGUUAUCCAGCAAUUGGUGCUUUCCAAUAACAAGGUUGGAGAAGCACUGGUACCAUACUAUAGACAAAUUCUUCCAAUCUUUAACUUGUUCAAAACACAAAACAUCAAUCUUGGCGAUGCUAUUGAAUAUAGUCAAAGAAAGAGACUCAAUAUUGGGGACUUGAUUGAAGAAACUCUACAGCUGUUAGAGCAAGAAGGAGGAGAAGAUGCAUUUAUUAAUAUCAAAUACAUGAUUCCUACUUAUGAAUCCAGUGUUCUCAAUUAA